GGGUUGUCGCAAAACUGUUGCCAUUUUAUCAUCAUCUCAGAUAUAGGAUAUCUGAUAUCAUCAUCUUUUAUCUGAGCCUGUGUUACUGUGACGCGGUUGUAGGUUAACCAGCCGUUACUCGACGGUUAGACGUCCGACAUUUUUUUUUCUCCUUCGGUCUGAUAUUAAAUGAUCGUUUCACCCCGUACAUCUGCUUUAAAUACAUUACGUUAAAAUUGAAAAGCGUGGUAGAGUAAAUGUAAACACAACUGAAGGGGUUUUUAACGGUUUUUCCUUCCUUAAAAUUAGUUUAUUGAUUUAACGGUCCACGCGGCUAACGCUCAUGGCGACGUGAGAGCUAUCAACGUCCUGAACGACUCCCGCGCUGUCACGGAGUUGCCACGGUGACUCAACAGCAUCCAGCUCAGUCUUGUCUGUUCUUCAGCAACCAUCUCCAUGUUGCCCUCCCCUGGGUCCAAGAACGGACAGACAGAGGCUCUCACUGGUUCUGCUGAUGAAACACUGGGUCACAGAGACCGUACCAGGUUGGCUACUAAAGGUGUGACUUCUCCGACCACACCCACUCCUGCGGCUGACUGGUCAACUUCAACUGAGGUUUUGACGCCAAGACAAAAGACUCCGGGUUCUUAUGGUGAGGUUCCGGGCUCUGUUCUGGCCAGAGUCCCAAGUGAACAGAAUCCAAAGUCCAAACCGUCCAGAGCCAAGACCAAAACGUCUUUACAGUGGAGAUCAAGACCAACUGUUAGAGUUUCUUUAGAAAAGAAGUUCAACACCAUGUGUGUGGACAACCAGGUGACGAGUGGGCUUCGAUCACAUGAUGAGAGUCCAGUCGGUGCUUCCAGUCCACACAGGUUUGAUGUAUUUAACCUGUGUGGUCAGGUAACUGGACAUAAUCCCUCUGUGGUUCAUCCAGACCUGAAUCCGUUCUUAAUCUCUUCCAAAUUUCACCUGGAUGAAGUUGGUACAAAACCAGGUGGUACCAGUGGCAACAGAACACCAGAGGAGAAGGCACAUGUGGAGGACGCGGUCCAACCAGCUGACCACAGGACGACCGGGAAACUUCACGUCUCUCCGACCACUGCCUGCUGCUGUGGUUCAGGGUCGGAGAGCAGCACCAGGCAACAAUGUCUGUCUGUCAGACUGUACCAGGAUGAAGUCAGUGAGUGCAGGAAGAAGAUCGGUCUGUGCUGUGAGCAGCGCAACAAGACGGUGUCGGUCUGUACCUGUGACACCACCCACCAGAGGGCAGCAGCCUUCCUCUCCUACAUCAGCAGAGUGGACAGAGACGAGGGACUUCAGGAGAGAAACGGUGAUGAAGAGCGAGUCCGUUUGAAGUCCGAGUCAUCGUCAGACCGGGAUCUGACUCUGGACCGGUCACUGAGAGUGGGUUUCUCUGCAGAGCAGUGAGAACAGACUCGAGGUAAGGCCUCGUUGUUAGUCUGAAGGAGUCAGGGUGGUCCGUGGUCUGGACCAAGUCCUGGCCCAUGUCAGGGUUAGUACUAAUUUACCACUGUGUCAUUUGAUUCACAUUUUCUGGUGUUUGGUUUAAAAAAAAACCAAAAACAACAGGUGGCGCUGUUCUGCUUCAGAGAAGGUUAUUUAUUAUCUAUAUCAGC